UAAUUGUUUAAUGAUGUCUGGUAACAGAAGUGAGCCGUUCUAGAGAUUAGAAUAUGCACCGCUAAGAUAGAUUUCUCUCGUGUUUCUUGUUCUAGUCUAUUAUAUUUCGGUGAAAUUUUGGGUGUAUAAUGAAAACCAAUAAUUCAAGCAGCUUUCUCCGGAAAAUGUUCGGAAAAUUUUAUACAUUUGACGAUCUGGUUUCUUUCAUGUAUUUGCCGAAACAUCCUUCUAGUUUGGGAGUGAUUCGGAUUAUGUUUGGGUUGCUAAUGAUGCUGGAUCUACCAGAAGAAAGAGGUGGAGCCGAUAUAUCAAUCAGAUAUGGAAACCCUCAGAUUUGUCAUUUUCCAUUAAUGGAUUUCAUAAAACCUCUAAAUUACGAAUAUAUGUCUAUCUUAUAUGGAAUCAUGUGGUUGGGUACUAUUGGAAUAACGUUAGGGCUACAAUUCCGUUUAUCUGUACUUAUGUUCGCUGUUCCUUACUGGUACAUAUUUUUGCUGGAUAAAUCAUUCUGGAACAAUCACACCUAUCUUUAUGGAUUGCUUACCAUAUUACUACUUGGAUCAUCGGCAAAUCAUUACUGCUCUUUGGAUGGCUUGUUUGAUAAAAGAAUCCGAAAUAAACCUGUGCCGAACUGGAACUAUUUCAUAUUGAAAUUUCAGUUCUUCAUGUUGUACUUUUUGGCAGGGAUAAAGAAGAGUAACUGGGAAUGGCUAGAAGGCUAUGCCAUGAACAACAUGGGAAAUCACUGGGUGUUCAUUCCUUUCAGACUUUUUCUAACGCCCGAACAAGUUGACUAUCUCGUUAUCCAUUGGAUUGGAUGUAUAUUCGACUUGACAAUUGGUUUCUUGAUUUUGCUCGAAUUCACAAGACCUGUUGGAAUAUUCUUGUGCUCCCUCUUUCAUCUGAUGAACUCAAGAAUGUUCAGCAUUGGGUUGUUUCCAUAUGUUUGUUUAGCUACAUUACCCCUGUUUUGUGAAGAAGAUUGGCCAGAAAAAUUAAGGGCAGUCAUAACUGGACGAAAGGCUUAUGAGGAACAAAAGAAGAAUGUUUGUUCCAGGGAUUGCUCUGAUGAGAGAAUACGUAUUAACUGGAAGCGUAGAUUGGCGGUUUCAUUGUUAUUAACGCAUUGUGCACUGCAAACAUUUCUGCCCUUUUCUCAUUCCAUAACAAAGGGUUAUAACAACUGGACGAAUGGACUUUAUGGAUAUUCCUGGGACAUGAUGGUACAUGGUUGGGAUACUAACCUAGUGGUAGUCAAGGUUGUGGACAAUGUUUCAGGACAAGAAUACUUUUUGGAUUCUUCAGCAUGGACUCUGAAUGACAGGUGGAACAAGCAUGCAGAUAUGUGCGUACAAUACGCCCAGUGCGUCAAGAAAAAUUUAGCCGCCCAUAAUCCAGAAAUCUCCAAAAAUAUCUCUGUAUACAUCGACGUUUGGUGUUCAAUGAACGGCAGAAUUCAACAGCGAAUGUUCGACCCAAAUUAUGACCUUUUGAAAGCCAAUUGGUCAGUUUUUAACAACGUGGAAUGGUUACUGCCGCUCCUAUCAGAAUAUAGCGGAUUUCGAGAAAAAAUAUCGAAACUAUCAGAGCAUGUGUACUCGUGGUCGAAUUCCUCAGAUGUGGUAUUCAUCAGCGAUUUUCCUGAUAUGAGUCUAGAAAAUUAUGUGAGUCCUGAAUUGAGGAAUGUAUCUCUCGAAAUCCUUGAAGGAACCGUUUUGUUUGAAAGCCAAGAGUCUGAAGAAGUGAAGGUCUUGAACAAAGGUGAAAGAAAAAGCAUGGAGGUUGGAAAAUUCCACAAAAUAUACACCAUAGGGGAGAAGCCUUCCUUUUUCAUUUAUACCUACAUUAAUUCUACGAAGGAAUUAACAGAACAGAAGGAGACAAAUGGGGUUAAAAAGCUCCGUUAUAAUAUGUACUCUCCAUUUCCGCUCCUCGAAGACGUGGCUCACAGGAUUUCAUCCUUUGAGAAAAUGAUGAAUCAUAUUUAUGUCGGUUAUCAAUAUCUAAUAAAGCUUGCCUAUUAAGAA